GCGAACCGUUCCUUCGGUUCAGUCGCAGUCACGAAGCGGCGCCGAGCACCAUCACUCGGCCGCCUCUUUCUCUCUCGCGCUCGCGCGCGCGCGUCUAUAAUUAAACAUCGGUGGAGGAGUAAAAGUGUCGGGGACGAAGGAGAGCGCGCGUUCCUCCUCUUUGUCCGUUCCCUUUUUUUUCACCUUCCUCCUCCGCCGCUGAACCGAACGACGAAGCGAUGAAUUUUUCUCGAGAACUGCCGACUCCGACUCGACGCGUUCCGCCGCUUCUCCGCUUCUCGGCUAUAAUUAACAACCACGUUCCCUUCUAACGCGUUCGGUUAUUCUUCUCGUCUCGCGAUCAUGCCGAACGACGCGUGCCCCUCCGACCGACCUCUCCACUCGAGAAACGUUCUUCGUUCCGAGACGCGGUGGUGAGACGUCGACCGACAGAUGGAUCGUGGCCGUCGUUAGAGGAUAGCGCGAAUACCGUUCGCCCUUCUCGAACCUUGACCGUGAGUCUGCUCUCCCGUUUCACGCGUUUAAACGCGUUUCUAUUUUUAUCCGGUCGGUCGGUCGCGUAGACGGGCGCGCGAGGUCGCGUCGAUCCUCGAUAGUGUAAAAAUACGGUAACGAAAGAAAAAAGAAAAAGUGAAGUUUCGUUUGUUCGUUUUUUCAGUGUAUUCGGUUUAUUAGUUUUUGGUGAAUCGAGUUUGAUCAACGAAGAGGAGGAGGAGGAGAAAAAAACGUCGAGGAUCCUGGCUUCGAGAGUUGGAUAGCGGAUUUGCUCGCGAUGCGCGAGUGACGAGAAGAAGAGAAGAGGAGAGGAGAGGAGAGCAGGGACAUACCGGUGAGGAACCGAGCUGCGGAGAAACAUCGAGAAGAGAGAGAGGACGAUUCGAAACGACCGAUGAGAUGACAGUGUUGUGUGCGUUGUGGGCGACACUGUCCACCGUGGCAUCGAUCCUCGCCUGUUCCGGAUUUUACCUGCCUUAUUGGAUUCAGGGACGACUACUGGGAAAGGCGGACGCGUAUUUUGGUUCCUUUCGACGGUGCAACUAUCCACGGAUAAGGGCGGCGAAUACCGCUCCCGAAAUAGUUUACGAGUGCGCCAGAUAUUCCAGCUUCUGGGACAUUCCGAGCGGUUGGUGGCAGGCGAGCACAGUCACCAUGGGGAUCGGGGUCGCGAUCGCGGUGAUCGGCGCCCUUACCCUGCUCGCGGCCGCCUCCACCUUCCUUCCGCACAUCCUCAAAACUCCGAGACACACCAGGGUGCUCGGCUCUCUCCAGUUGCUCGCCGCAGCGAUGAUAUGCGGCGGUCUGGUCAUGUAUCCGAUAGGAUGGGACAACAGGGAGGUGCGGGAGUCUUGCGGGAAGGGUGCUAACGUGUACAAUCUCGGAAAGUGUUCCGUUUCAUGGUCGAGCUAUCUGCUGGUAGGCUCGGUGGCGCUGUUGAUGCUGUGCUUCGGGCUGAGCUUCUGCGCCGCGCGACACAAGCCGUCCAACCCGCACACCGAUCCUCUGCGCAUUUGACAAUCGAGAUACUCUCAAUCGAUUCACGCCUAUGCCUCGCCGAAGACGACCACCCUCUCCUUCGUCACGGUUUGUUGAGCCGUGAGGAGGGCGAGGAGAAGGAGGAAGCAGCAACAGGAGGAGAAGGAGGAGAAGCAUCGAGAAUCACCUCUACGAGCGUCUCAUCCGGGUACGAGCACACCGCGCACACGUCACGCGACAAACCACACACGUCGCACAAGCCACGCGUCACGCGUCACGCACGCUUCCCACCCAACUACCCGAUCGUUUUACCUUAUCUUAAGAACCAAACUUUACUUCUUCCACUCGUGCGUACAGCGUUGCCACGUUUCCACCACGUUUUUUCGCGACCAACUUCUCCACGAUUCUACGUGGAGGGGAUAUAUGGGCGAGUAGCGCAAAGCGUUGGAAACCGUGCAAGAUUCUCGAUCGAGCGUUCGAUUCAAACGAUUUUCAUCUCUCCUCUGAUUCCUCUACCUCUUCUUUUUUUUUUUUUUUUUUUACGCGACGGUAACGAAAGAGCCUCCCCUCUCGACACGUUUUCGAAACUUCUGCUCGAGAGAAAGAGAGAGAGAGAACAAAAAGGGAAACGUUUGGAACAGCGAAUGUUUCGGACAGGUAACGACGUACAACAGCGUUCGUUAGCCGCAAACUUCUCUCCCUGUGAUCUUUGCGACUCUAGAAACUGGAGGCAUCUCGUCGUUUCGGUACUUCUCUUUGAUUCCCUUCUCCCUUCACCCCGCGCCUUUGCUCGAAAGACGCUAAAAACUUUCUCUCGUACGAUUCGAAAAGCGCGUAUUCGUAUAAAGAAUUUCAAAGAUUUCGUUCAAAGCGAGGAAAAACGCUCCGGCGAAACGUAUAAAAAGCCACGUCGAUUCUUCUCCUCCCCCUAAUUUGCACACGAGGCGGCGAAGCGCGCGAAAAAAUGGAGAGAAAGGGAGGAGGAGAGGAAUUUUUUUCGCGAAAAAUGCAGAUUGUUCGGAUUAUUAAGUCGAAGGAAUCGAGGGGAGGAAGAGGGCGCGAAACUCGAUCGAUCGAAGAUCGAAUCCCCGCGUUACGCGAUUUAUUGGAAAAAACAACGGAGCCCUUUUGAGAAACGCCGGUGAAACGGCUAGAAGCCCCUAACCCCUUCCAUCUUCCGUCUCGUUCCGCUUUAUGCUCCAACGCGAUGUGCGCGCGAGAAGAAAAUAUCCCCCUUCCCCUUCUUCCUUCCUUCCUUUUUUUCUUUCGCGCAAUUGUUGUUAUUAAACCGAGAUCGAGAGGAUCUUUUUGUCGUUGGAGAACGAGAAUGAUUCCUCGAGGGAAAAGCGGCUUAAACGAAUGGUAAUUUAAAUGGUAAUCGGAGGAGGCGCGGGUAUCACCAAAUUGAAUUUAAAACGCGAAAACUCGCGCGGUUGCGGUUGAAUCAGUGCGGUGUUGGAACGUUGUCGUUUCAACCUCCGCCAACACCGCGAUGAAAAUUAUUACGGGCCGCCUCUCCCUUUCUUUUCUUCAGUAGCGAGAGUAUAUUCUUCGAACGGGAUCGAGACGAGUAUCCCAGAUUUUUUUUUUUUUUUUUAAAUCUGAUCGAUCUUCCUGGAAACAAGGAGGGGCAGGAUCGAUUUCGAGGCAUCGGAUUUCCGCGAGCACGAAACAGGAAAACGGGAAGCGCGAGUGGUUUAGUAUUGGUGUAAAGCCACCACCGAUGGAGUUCCAUUAAGGGAGAAACGAGCGCGACUUUGGUUCCUUUUCCAUCGUUUUCGGUGGACGUAGAGAAAGAGAGAGAGAGAGAGAGAGAGAGAGAGAGAGAGAGAGAGAGAGAGAGAGAGAGACGAAAGUAGCCCCGGAUAUCCCGGGGCGAAUAGUUAUCGACGAAAGUCGGUAUGAAACAAAAGUUGGAAAACUCGUUCGCCCGCGACUCAUCCCCCUCCCCCCUCUCGAGUUCUUCAUUCUCUUCGCCGUUUCGACCUGUUGCCAGAAUUCCUUGCUUUCGAGCAAAAUCGCGAAAUAGGAUAUUCCCGAUUUCGACCACCGAGCUCGUUUUUUUCCCAUCCUCGAGGUCAGGACGAGAUGCGCGCAAUUUCCAAAUAGUUCUCCUCGCCGCACCGGAUCAAAUUUUCCUUUGUUAACGGCCUCCACGCGAUGUUUCCCGCCCAACGAUCAAAUUCGAGACGCGCGGUUUAACUUUCCACCCUUACUUUCCUAACUUCCUAACUUUCGUGAGAGAGAGAGAGAGAGAGAGAUCGUUCUCCGAAAGAAUUCUCGUUCGAUUUUUUUCUCCUCUUCAACGAACAAUUAAAACGAGUAACUUGGACUAUACAAAAGUAUUCGAAUGCUUAUAUUUGCAAUUUUUGAUGAACGAAAUAUAGGAACAACUUAUUUAAGAUAAUGUAUAAUAGGAAAGAAAUAUCAAGAUUACGUCAACAAAAUUUAAAAAUGAUUCACCGAUUUAUACGGUAGUUAUAAUACGUUUAUUAUAUACAUGUGUUAUUAAAUUGCAAAAGUAUUCGAACGCUGGUACUAAGUGAGAGCGUUUCUACGUUCAGUCGAGUUAUCGUUUAAUUAACAAUAACGUAAGUGUGCGAUAUGAUAUUCAAGAUGAAUCCAUAAAAGUGUGAAACACGAAAAUGAAACGAACGAGAAACUAUCUUUUGGCUGCAUAAAGGAAUGGGAAAUCGUAUAGCGAGAUAAGAAAAAUUGUAAACGGAAGUAAAUCUAUGGUACGUUACAUCAUAAAAGAAAUGAAAAAAAAUUAAAGGAACGGUUGCGAAUAAGCUGUAUAUAGAUCGGACUCGAGAGAGGGCCGAAGAUGGAACGAUGUCCAAUUAGACGGUCGGAGGUGGAUCGAUGGAGAAAAGCGGACAGCGAUUACGUAAUUUUAAGCGAAAGGUGAAAGAGGAGAAGGAGGAGGAGGAGGAGGAGGAUUCGAAAAUCAGGAUCAGCCUUCGUUUUCGUCGACAACGAGAUCGUUUUCGUAAACUCUUUGACAGAGUAUUCGGGAGAGGAGGGGGGGAGGUAAAUUCGAAUCGCGACGGUUUUGUAACCGGUAACUCCCCUUUGCUCCUUAUUUGCAUGUAAAUUGCCGGCCGUACGACGACACGACGGGAACACGACGGAGAAAAAUAUAAAGGAGGAGCAGCGCGUCUCUCUUUCCCUCUCUCUUUGUUCGCUUGUUAUUCGUCCGAUGGAACAUGGAAGAAUUCGUUAGAUCGGGUGAAAAGAAGAAAGAAAGAGACGCGCGAAUAACGAUAAUGCGUUACGGAAUCGUAGCAGAAACGAACUCGUCAUCGACGCGUAAAUUUAACGUUAUAUUUUUCUGUUUUUCUUCUCUCUCUCUCUCUCUCUUUCUUUCUCUCUCCCUGUCCCCUUCUUCUGUUCGAAUCGUUCGCUCGAGAAUCAAUCGCGCGGAAACUGGACGUUUCGAAGAGUCGGCGGUGCCGUUAUCCACGAUGGAAAUCGUACACACAUACACACACGCACGCACACGCACACGUAUACGCGCGCACGGUCGGAUCGCCGUCUCCCUUUUCCUAGGGGAGAAGGAGGGGGGAUGAAUUCCGAUCCAUCCAAAGGAACACCACUCGCAUAGAGCAAAUUUACUCGUUGUACAUAUUAUACAUAUUAUACGGUACAGUAACGAAAUGAAUAUUCGAUAUGGAGUAAAUGUUACAUCGCAUUAUUAUAUUUUAUAAUAAAAUUGAAAUA